AUGAAAGAAGUUUUUCAAAAAUUGACAAAUUACUUGAUAAGAGUCUACUUAAAAAAUGAAGAAAACCAAAUAGUUUUUCCACCUUACGUUAUAUUGCUUUUCAGAGUCCAACAAGCCUUUUUAAGUCUGUCAUACAUCUAUGGGUUAAGUAAUUACUACUACAUUUAUAUGAUAUCUAUCUAUGCUAGGCCCUAGUAGUAUUUCAUAGACUCAGAAAUUCCAUAAUACAUCAUCUUAAUGCUAAGUGUCAUUUAUAUAUUUACAUUACUAACAAUAAUUCCAUAUAAUAAUAUAAUAGGGAUAUUUGGAUAAUUAUUACGUAGUAGUAUGCUAAAUUUCUUUUUUGAAAUAUCUAAAGGAUCUAUUUCAAUAAUUACUCAUACUUUAUUAGUAUUAAUAUCAUUUUCGGAAACUUUGAUAAUUUCUGGAACUUUAAAUGUUUAAACCAAAAACUUUUAGCAUACUAGAUUCACAAAUUUAGAUUUAAUUGUAGUAAUUUUAAAUUAUUUACUAAUGAUUUUCUAUUCUUAUGGAUUUCCUUAAUCUAUUAUUGUAAUUUUAGCAAUUAUUUUAAACAUAUUGAGAAUCAUAAAUUAAUUGUUAUUUUCAUCUUUUAAAAAUCUAAUAACUAAGACUAUACUCUUAACUAUUAAAAUUAUAACAUUCUUUUUUGGCUGGUUUUGGAUAGCAUCAUUGUAAAUUCAUUUGUCUGCUGAAAUUGUAAUAAUACCAUUAAUUUAUAAAAUGAUCUACACUUACUAUUAAAAUUAACUAAGAAAUAUUGUUUAUAAUAAUUAAAAGCAUAUACCAUGCCACAUAAUCAGCUUAUUAGCAUUUCUUGAAAAUGUAAAAGACAUUUAACUUUUAUAUGUUUCAAAACCAAAAAAACCAAGAAAUAGAAUAAUUUAUUCAUCUUUUUUAAUAUAUUAAAAUAAAAAUUAUUAAGCAUUUUUAGAAUUAAAUAGUAUUUAAGAUGAUCAAUUAAGUUUAAUUGAGAGUUUAAAAAAAAAAAUAAUUUUACAAAAAUGUAUAAAUAAUAUAUAACAAAUUAUAUGUGGAACAAAUAAAAUUGAUAAUAUUGCUCAUACAAUUAAAUUAUUAUUGAAUAGUGAAGAACAAAAUUAUUCAAUAUAAAAUGAUAUAGUAGAAAUAGUUUAAAAUAAAAUUCAUUGUCUUGAACAAUUUACAUAACAUUAAUCACAUAAUUCUUAUGAGAACUAUCAUAAUAUAAUAAAAAAGAUUAUAAAUUUCAAAGAAAAAUUAGAAAAAUAAUAUAAAGAAUUUCCAUGUGAAAAAACCUAAGGAAUUUUAGGAUUUUUUUAUGGAGAAAUUAUGAAUGAUUAUCUUUAAGCAAAUUAAUUAUUUAAUCUAGUAGCUAUGUAAGAUGAAAAAAUUAAGAAAAUCACAUUAAAUUAAGAUAUUUUUUCAAACAAAAUGAUUUAUUUAAUUUUAAAAUUUGAUGGUAAAUUGAUUAUAAAAAGACCCUCAAGUGAUGCUGCUUAAUUUUUAUAAUUAACAAAUCAAUAAUUAAAAGGAUUAGAAUUAUCUUAUCUAAUUCCUAAAGGUGUCUAAGAAGUUCAUGAUGAUUUAGUAUUGAAUUUUUUAAAAUAUGGAAAAUCAAAAUACAUGAGAUAAUUAAAUUAAUGUUUAUUAUAUAAUCAUGAGAUGGAAUGUAUGAGUUCAGUAGAAUUAUUAUUUGAUAUUAAUUUUGUUGAGGAAUUAAAUUUUAUUGCUUUCUUAUAACCUCCUGCCAAUCAAACUCUAAAUCUAAUAUUAAAUGAAUAACAUUUAAUUAAAUGUAUAAGUUAAUAAUUCAUUUAAGAAUUAGGAAUAGAAUAACAAUAUAAAUAAUAUUAAGGUAAUCAUAUUAAUAAAUUAAUACCUAAUUUCCCUAAAUAUUUUUUUGAUAAACAACAAAUUGAAAAUACAGAAAUAUAUGUAGAGAAACAAAUUGAUGAACAAUCUUAAACAUCCAGUCAUCCUUUAGUAUUCAUAACAACUUUUAAUUUGCAUUUUGGAAUUGUUAAUGAUAUUACUAAAUAUUUUAUUAUAUCUUUUGAUUAUUUUAAAAGAUCUCCUUUUUAUUUUUGCUAAAAUUAAUCAAUUUCAGUUCCUUUUAUGAGUCCAUUAAUAAAAAAAUAAAAUCAUUGUUCAUUUGCCAUUAUUAAUGAUGAAAGUACAAUACAUGUACCUUAUUAAGAAGAUGAAGUAAUGAAAAAUCACUAUAUAUUUUAAUUGAAUUAGCAAGACUUCAAUUUUUUAGAUAAUACACCAACUAUAUAAGAUUAAAAGAAAUAACAAACAAAAUUAUUAUCAACACUUGAUUAUACUAAUAUUAAAAGUACAACUAAACAAAAUGAAUUAUUGUUAGCUGAAUAAAAAUUCUUCUCUAAACCAAAAAUUAAAUCAUCCAUAUCAAAGUAAUGAUAAAAUAUUAUUUUUAGUGGAGAUCAAGUAAUAUUUAUGUAAGAAGUUUAAUCUUCUUAAGUUUCAAGUUUAUAAGGUGUUAGAAACUCAAAGUAUUUUAGAUAAUUUGAAAUGAUUGCAAAAAUAAAAGAUUUAAAUAGUUUUUCUAAAUUACAUCGAAUUUUCUUAGCUUCAAUCAUUCUUUGUGUUGUAUUUUAAUUUAUUAUUCAAACUAUAGUAAAUAUUUUUAUUAAAUUUAGUAAAUAAUUGAAUUAAAUUUCAAUUUAAAAGAUCUUGUUUCAGAUAUAGACAUUUUAUAAAUAAAAAACUUUGUAUUUUAACCUUUAGAAACAUUUUUGUUAACUAGAUGGACAAUAUUUAAUUAUAAAUUACUUAAUGAUGCUGGAGAAAUAUCAAAUCUAGAAUAUUAAAAUUUGAUUCAAUUUCCUCUAUCUAAUUUAAAUUUGGGUUAUGAUUCAUUAGAUAAAAAUUUAAAGUAGGUCUUUAAUAGGCCUGCACUUUAAAAUUUUCUGGAGAAAACUUACAUAGAAAUAUAUGAAUAUGUAACAACAAAUUAAGGAGAGAUGUAUAAUCUCAACCUUAGAAAUAGUAUAAGUAUCUUAAAGAACUUUUAAUAUUCAUUCAAAAUGGCCUAUGAAUUAGAUGGAGGAAUCAUUUCUGAUAGUCCAUAUGUUUACUUUCAAUAUAAGAAUUAUUUAACAAUCAAACAAUAAUUCUCUGAAUUAAAUAGUAUAGUUUUAGAUUAAACUUUGAAAAGAUCACUUCAAAUUUAAUCUAAACUCUCAAUUAUUACUUUUAUUUGUUUAGGAGCCUUAAUUAUUUAAUAUAGUUUUUCAGUUAUAUAUUUUAUUCUAUUAUAAAAAAUAGUCCUCAAACAUUAUUCACUAACUUAAUAUCUAUAAAUUCAAUAUAUUGAGUUCGAAAUAACUUAUUUAAAAAAAUUAAUAGAAGGAGUGAAUUAAAAUUAAAAUUUAUUAUUUAGAUAUUAAUUUCGCUUAGACAAUAAGGAAUCACUUUUAGAUAGUACAAACCUUAAAAUUUAUUAAAAGAAACGUAAUAUUAAAUAAUUAAGUAUCCUAAAUUAUCAUGAUAUUUACUAUUAUUUGUUUUUUUUUAUUUUACUAUUACUUACAGCUGGGAAUGCUUCAUUAACUUAUUAUGAAGGUUGGAAUUAUUUAGAAAAAUAUCCAGAAACUGCUAAAUUUUAUAAAGAAGUUUCUGAUGUAGGAACUGAUGUACCAACUAUGUUUGCUUAAAGGGAUGUUCUUUAUAGUAGAAAAGCUAUAAUUCCGUAUUUCACUUAAAAUGAGUAUGAUAGUUUGCUAGAAGAAAUAGUUGAAUCAUUAAAUAGAACAAAAGCUUUUAUUUAAGACGACUACAAUUUUGAUAAGUACGUGGUUUCUGACUCAUUUAAAGGGUUCUUUACUUAAAUUUAGAAUGAUAGCUUAUGUGACUUUAUACCUUUAGAAUUAAAAAAUAAAUCUAAUAAUAUCUGUCAAAUUGUGCUUAAUUAAAAUAUGAAGAGAGGUCUUUAGGCCUUACUUAUUUAUAUUAUAAAUCAUAUUACUACUGAUAUGGAAAUUAAUCAAUUUACUUCAAGAAGUCAAGUAAGUUAUUUAGAAUUAGAAGGUGCAUUUUUAGUAUCAAAUAUAAUUAAAGUUGUUAAUGAUAAAUUUAACAUUGAUCUGAUGGAUUAAACAAAGUAUUUCAUGAAUCUUAUCAAUGUAAUUUUUCAUUUUUAUUUUAGAUGCAUAAUAUCAUUAUGUUUAUUAAUUUAUUUUUCAUAGGAAUCUUAAUUAUAACUUAUAUUAAAAAUAAAUUAAUUGAAAAACUUCAUAUAGCACAAAGAUUGACAUACAUAAUGCCAUCUAAAUCAAUCAUUUUAGAUUCAAAUUUUGAAAGGGCCCUCAGAUCACUCUUGCAAGAUUAAUGA